AUGCCCGUGACUCAUAGCCCGGGUAAUGCCUCUGGAGGCAUUGAUAUAGAUACCAUGAACAAUACAAUUUGCGCAAUAUGUAGUGAGGUUUUACAAAGCAGUAGAGAUAGAGUAGAAACUCCUUGCAAUCAUCAUUUCCAUAUCAAAUGCAUUCAUACAUGGCUGGAAAAUAACGAGACCUGUCCAGUGUGUCGACAAGCAUGUAAUGUCAAUGAUUUAAAGUCGACCAACGUGGAUGUCGAGAUUGCUAAUCCCCCUACUGGUCAAAGGACUGGGGCCAUACCGCGCAAGCGACCCAACACUCGUAGUUUUGUACAAAGUAAUCCUAAUACUCGCAUUACUGCUGCAUCUGCGCAUACCGCUCAUCAGACACAAAGUCCUAGAAAUAGAACUGGCGGGCGGCAACAGGAGACGAACGUUAAUGUUAUAACUGAACCAAGAGUAAGAGACUUGAUAGUAGAGUCGCUUAACGUAUUCCGAGAGGAAAUUACAAAUGAUAUUUCAAACGACCUUCGCAAUAUGUUACGAAAUCUCAAUUUAGCUG